CAUAAGAUUAGAGGCUCUUUCUCCUUGUUGAUAGCAGCUACAAUAGUCUCCAUAAGCAUGUCCGAGAACGAGAAGCAUUAUUUCUUUAGCAGAGUGUUGCAAAGAGAGAAAAGAGAACUGAUAGCAGAUAAAGUGAACUGGCUUCCCAUCGGAUUUUACUAUCUUAAGGUUAGGCGCUGCUGGUAUGAUGAUCCAACAUACAUUAAUGCUGAAAGCUCCGUAGCUACAAGAAGCACUUCAAUCCCUUACUCCUGUAGUGACCACAGACGAUGGUAUGCGGAACUUAUGGCUGAACACCUUUCGAUAAUGGGCGUCCCACAAGAAGAGCAGCCAACUGUCCUUGAAAAACUAUUUCAGGUGCUCCGAGUGGCACGCCCCCUGCGCAUCAUCAAUGUCGUAAUAGCUGACAUUACUGCAUGCUUGUUGGGUGGUUUCCGUGAUGAUGCUACCGUUCAUAGACUUAUAACGGAGGGUCCUGAGGGUCCUGAUCUUCAACUUAAGAUAAAUUAUCAGCAUGAAUCGUGCUUUGAAUUGCUUCCAUUGCGUGAUGUUGACUAUCAUCCUAACACCUCCGAUAGGAUUACAUGGGGAUCCUUUGAUACUGGCAGGCUCAGGUUUGUUCCUGCGACUAGAUCAUCAAUUGAGAGUUUGCAAAAAGUGAGACUCGAUAGUAUGGGAGAGGCUACUAUAAAACAGAACCCGACAUGUAGGAUAUGUACGGAUGAACUUGCCGAAGGAGGCCUAGUUGAUCAACUGAUUGUUCGUUUGCCUUGCGCACACUAUUAUCAUGUACAUUGCAUUGUCCAAUGGCUGGAGGUGAAUCACGUCUGCCCCUUGUGCCGAUAUGCAAUGCCAACCGUGGAAGAGGGGGAGCCAUCGAAUUCCUAAAGGAUUUUAGGCCAAAAAAGAUUCAUGGCUCAGCAUAUAAGGCCAAAUUGUUCUUAGAAUCGUAAAUUGUAUGAUAGUAUUCUCAGUUCCUUGUUUCAUGUUGUGUGAUCUGUAAAAUCUUUAAUUGAGAAUUGAGAUCACUGUUUUAAUCAUUGUGGCU